AUGACACAAUCUUUGUCCUUGUACCAAUAUAUGUGUUUGAGUGGGUUUCCCAUGGUGCUUGUACCGACCGUCCUAGUGUUGCUCUUUGAAUUCUCUGUAUUUGGCGCUACCAAUGGCCAGCAGCAGAACUUCCGAGUGCUUCCACGUGACAUGCAGGUGCUCGAAGGAGGCGAAGCUCUGCUUCGUUGUGAAGUCUCAAACCUUCAAGGAAAAGUGCAGUGGACGAAAGACGGAUUUGCUCUUGGAUUUUCAGACGUGAUCGUCGGAUUUCCUCGUUACGCCGUCUUGGGCGACAGGUCCCAGGGCGUCUACAAUCUUCGAAUCAGCAACGCGUCCAUAGAAGACGAUGCUGAAUACCAAUGCCAAGUUGGACCUGCCAAAUACCAUGCAUCCGUCCGAGCCAAUGCCAGGCUAACUGUUAUAUCACCUCCUACCUCGAUUGAAAUUGUGGGGCACGCACCGCACGCCAAGGUUGAGGUUCGAGAAAACCAGGAGCUAUCGCUGCAAUGCGUGGUCGCGAACGCGAAACCGGCAGCCGAGAUCGUCUGGUACCGCGGAAAUGUUGAACUUCAACCAGAAUCUCGCAAAGACACAGUUACGGAACAGGCUGGUAAAAGAUUUACUGUGACUUCUACGUUUUCGCUUCGUCCAGGACCUGAUGAUGAUUACACGGAGUAUUCUUGCCAAGCAAGACACAGUGCAUUACAACCUGAUUUACCGAUGAGGGCUUCAGUUAAACUAUCUGUGCUAUAUCCUCCUGGUCCUCCAUACAUAGAAGGUUACACUCCUGGUGAGACCAUCAGACGAGGGCAAAAUGUUGAACUGAUAUGCAGGAGCAGAGGCGGAAAUCCCCCAUCUCAGCUCAUAUGGUACAAAAAUGGCGAACAAAUCAGAAAGGCUUACAGGACUGCUGGUAGAUUAUCGGAGAAUAUUUACACAUUUAUGGCUGAAGCAGCAGACAAUAAAGCACGUUAUCGCUGUGAUGCUAGCAACAGCAUGUCGAAGAAAGCCCUAUCUGUCGAAAUCGAGUUAUUCGUUCUCUUUGCUCCGUCUCACGUAUCCAUAAGCGGCCCCACCGAGGCCCGAGUGGGCGACCCUGUGCCACUCCAGUGUACUACGGCGCCUUCAAACCCUCCGGCUGAAAUAAAAUGGACCGUAGGCGGGCGCCAGGUACGAAAUGCGACCAGCAGGACCGUUGUCUCACCUGAAGGCGGAUGGCUUUCUACUUCGAACAUCACUGCCAUAGUAGAACCGCAUAGGAAAUCAUUGGUUGUGCUUUGUCAUGGGCUCAACAUGCAGUUGACAGAAAAUGUUGUUGGGACUCACACUAUCAAUGUACUUUAUCCCCCAUCGACACCAUUUAUAAGCGGAUACGUGGAAGGAUCAGUGAUACCAGCUGGAUCUAUUCAAAAACUAAUGUGCGUUUCAUCAGGUGGUAAUCCAAUGGCAUCUUUGACAUGGUUUAAAAACGACAAAAAGAUUAAUUCCUUAGUGAGAAUAACAGAUAAAAGUGUGACUGCUGAAUUGACUAUCUUGGUAAAUGUUACCGAUAAUUUGGCUCGUUACCGAUGUGAGGCAACUAACUCUGCUACCGAGAUUCCGUUAUUCGAGACCAUCACCUUCAGUGUGCACUUUCCACCAGAAGUUGUAAAAGUACGUGCAGAACCCAAAGAAUGGACAGUUGGUGUUGAAGGCAAACUAAUCUGUGACAGCAGCUCUAGCAACCCUCCUGCACGCCUGAGCUGGUGGAAGGAUGGAAUUCCCGUUCAAGGUGAAUCUAAUUUCUCUAGACCCGGUCUUCAUGGAGGAACCGUUUCUUCUAUAGAAUUAAAGAUGAAUGUGACUCAGGAUAUGGAUGGACAGGUGUAUACUUGCCAAGCAGCCAAUGAGGCUUUACAAAGAAGUGUUAACGAUGUUACAACGUUACAUGUUCUAUAUCCUCCAGUUUUUGCUCCACAUACUUCUCAAAUUGUCGGAGUUGAAGGUGAAAAUAUGAUUAUAUCCUUUUCUGCCUCCGGUAAUCCCCAAAACAUGGCCUAUACAUGGAUGAAGGAUGGUUUACCAAUCACCCAAGCAUCACAGAGUUCAGGAAACGAACGAAUUAUUUCCGAUGGAUCAGUUUUGAAUAUGACAAGGUUAUCAAGGCUAGAUGCCGGAGUUUACACUUGUGAAGCACUUAAUUCUCAAGGAAGUGCUUCUUUAAAUGUAACUCUAGAUGUGGAAUAUGGAGCAACUAUCAAAUCAGUUUCUGAAAAUGUAAUUGUUGAUCCUGGUCAAGAUGUCACUUUGUCAUGUACUGUACAAGGUAAUCCAUUAAAUGAAGACCACAUUCGCUGGUUACGUGCUGGUUACACAUUUGGCCCAGAAAAGUUAUCGACAACUUAUGCAAAUGGUACUAGCUAUCUACACAUUAAAAAUGCGGUUCGAGAAGACGUCGGCAACUUUAAUUGUUUUGCCAGCAACAAUAUUGCAAGUCCUACUAGCAAAGAAGUCCUUUUAAUUGUGAAGUUCAAACCAGAGAUGUCAACAGCAUUGUCACUGUCGCGAGCAGCAGCUGCUGCUGGUGGUCGUGGUAGCAUUCCCUGCAGAGCUACUGCAGCUCCGCGACCUCAUUUCACCUGGGCUCGAGAUGGACAACCUCUUUCUAUAAAUUCUACUAGCAAAUAUGUUGUAGAAUUUAAACAGAUUGAUCAACUUAUUUAUGAAUCAACAUUGUUUGUGGAUCGUGUAGGACCAGCUGAUUAUGGUCCGUAUGAAUGUUUGGCCAGAAAUGAGCUUGGAUUUAGUUCCUCGAUCAUCAGACUGGAUGUUACUUCAGCACCUGAUCAACCAAUGCAACUGACAGUCCUGAAUGUGACACAUGACUCUGUACAACUAAGUUGGGUACCAGGAUUUGAUGGUGGCAUGACACCCACAUACAGAAUCAGAUACAGGGAAGUUUCGACUGAUAAUUAUAGAUACGAAGAUGUUCCUCAAGGAAAACCAGGUGAACCAUUAAUACAUACCGUCACAGGAUUGAGUUUGGCAACUCAAUAUCUUUUCAGUGUGAUGGCUUAUAACAAACUCGGACAUAGCAAAUAUUUACCUGACUUGGUUAAAUCUAAAACAGCAGAAACUCCCCCAUCUAGUCCUUUCCCAACCCAGGGUAGUACAAGUGCUACAUCCGGCAUUUUAAUACUUGUCGGUGUGGCAGCUGGUACUGUACUCAUCCUCCUUAACAUCGUACUUGUUGGAUGUUGUCUCCAUAGACGAAGCAAGAGACAUAUUACAGGCAUACUCGUUAACGACGAAGACGACUCUGAAAAGAGAAAUUUAUCCCAACUUCUUAUUAUAUCUGUGGCUUUAGCAAUAUUGGGAUUGAUUCUAAUAAAUGCAACUCUCGUCGCUUGCUACUUCCUAAGAAAAAGAGCAAAAGAAGCAAGUAAUCAAAGCAGCAAAUCUGCGACUAUCGAGAUGUAUGCUCCGAGUUCUUAUAAUGAUACCGUUACUGGAGAGACUUUAAGUUCUGUAUCAGAGAAAAGUGACUCCUAUAGCAACGAAGAUAGCCAACAGGAUUAUACGGAUGAGAAUCGUAAGAAAUCAUCAUCUUACAUUUCGGACGGAAUAAACAUGGCAGAUGUUCCGCCUCCAAGGUACCAGAGAACGGAAAAUAUUAUCAUGCAGCCUGUAGGCUUAGGACACCAUAAUACAAGAACUUUACCGCAUCCUAGAUCUCAACAUAAUGCUAUAAAUGACAUUGGGAGAAGCCGAGACGAUACAUCCAUUGGAAAGAAUGUUGAUCGCAACAUUUCUCACGGUGGGUACAUAAUGGCGCCGUCUCCCGCACCUCCCGUGGAUGGCUCCUAUUAUAAUAUGACCAGUGAAAGAUAUUUCUCAUAUCCCCCAUUGGAUUAUACGCCUCCCCUAGAUUAUUUGCUAAGCCUCAAUUCGAAUCAAAAUGCAGGGAAUUCGGGAACCCUGCGGCGCCAGAAACUAUCUCACAUAACAGGUGUGCCACCGGAUGUAACUGUUCUACACAACCAAUGUGGCCAACCAUUGCACAACAAUAGUCCAGUGAAUCCGUUAAUGGGCAAUAAUUCUCAAUAUACACCAAAUUAUCAAGGUAGAAGUUCUACUCCACCCAUAUCACAACAGCCAAAUUCUACGGUGAAGCAACCUCAUUCGAUAUUGAAGGACCCGGCUAGAAAGCUGCACAACAACCCACCAGGAAGUGGUCCUAAUCACCAGAUUUUAUCUGUGCAAGGUGCGUCUUACGAAGGUGGUGUCAGUCCUGGUCUAACUACCUUUUCCCAGCCAGGGAUGAUGAAUUAUCCAGAAACUGAGGGACAUUUAGUUUGA